ACUCGGCGGGCGGCAGUGGGACGAUGGUGGUGUUUGUCGGAUUUGACUUUUUGACGUAAAUUAUUCGUGUAGUAAAUAUGGCUGACGAACUCAAUGUUGACAGUCUAAUUCACAGACUUUUAGAAGUUCGAGGAUGCAGGCCCGGAAAGACGGUGCAGAUGUCAGAGUCGGAGGUGAGGGGCCUCUGCACCAAGUCCAGGGAGAUAUUCCUGCAGCAGCCAAUACUACUGGAACUGGAGGCACCGCUCAAAAUUUGUGGUGAUAUUCACGGUCAGUACACGGAUUUAUUACGCCUGUUCGAAUACGGCGGGUUCCCGCCAGAAGCUAACUACCUAUUCCUGGGAGACUAUGUGGACCGUGGCAAACAAUCUCUUGAGACUAUUUGUCUAUUGCUUGCAUACAAAAUAAAGUACCCAGAAAACUUCUUUCUCCUCCGAGGCAAUCACGAGUGUGCUAGCAUAAAUCGCAUCUAUGGUUUCUAUGACGAGUGUAAACGCCGAUACAACAUAAAACUGUGGAAGACUUUCACGGACUGCUUCAACUGCUUGCCUAUUGCCGCCAUCAUCGAUGAGAAGAUAUUCUGCUGUCACGGCGGCCUCUCGCCAGACUUGCAGGGCAUGGAGCAAAUUAGACGGAUAAUGAGACCUACUGACGUGCCUGAUACAGGCUUACUUUGCGACCUGCUUUGGUCAGAUCCGGACAAAGACGUACAAGGAUGGGGGGAGAAUGACCGCGGUGUGUCCUUCACCUUCGGCCCAGACGUCGUCAGCAAGUUCUUAAACAGACAUGAUUUAGAUUUGAUUUGUCGCGCCCAUCAGGUGGUGGAAGAUGGCUAUGAAUUCUUCGCGAAGCGACAACUGGUGACAUUAUUCUCUGCACCCAAUUACUGUGGAGAAUUUGACAACGCCGGCGGAAUGAUGUCCGUUGACGAGACACUAAUGUGUUCGUUCCAGAUAUUAAAGCCAUCAGAAAAAAAGGCCAAAUACCAAUAUAACGGCAUCAACAGCGGGAGGCCAGCCACACCUCAGCGGUCACCACCAAAAAAGAAAUAACUGACAUUUGGGAUCCAGUGUGCUGCACAGUGAGAGGAAUGCUACAAAUAAUUAAUUAUAUCAUGUAUUAUAAUUAUUAUGUUAGUGUAGUCAUUGGACAGAGCCGAAUAAGUCGCAUAUUGUUAAAAUUAUUUAUCAACUUGCUUGUGCCUUCUUAUUUUUAAUUUUGAAUUAAUGUGAGUGAUAUUAAUUUAUGAAUUUAGUUCUACAGAGAUGUUGUGGAUAUUGAUCGGACAUGAACUAUUCGGCAGUGCCUCGGUGACUAUUGCUUUUUCGAUCCCUGAUAUUAUAUUGCAGCCUUAGACCUUAGAUCAGUAUAAUAUACCUGUUGUGUUAUUGUAACAUGUUGAUGUUCUAGUAAAUUGUUUUGUUGACUUUGAAGAGUUUGAGGUGGUAAGCGAUCUUAAAGAUGCGGGCAUUGGACACGAAGCGUCGUUACAUUUCAUAUUACUACUUAAUAAGUUGUAGUGGAUCGAAAGCACAUUCGCUUUGUUUAUUCUGUAACUAAUGUGCCUAUAAAUGUAAAGUAUAUAUAGGUCUCGUAUAAGUAACGUAAAUCGGAUUUUGAUUUGUUUGGAAAUUUUAGUUUUUUAUUAUUAGUGAAAAUUUGUUAACUAAACUUCGUCCAUCCAAUAACCUUUAUUUACGUUACGUAUUUUUAGUGCUCUUAUGUUUAUUUAUUUUCUAAAGACAAAUUAAUCCUGUCAUGGAGCUGGCCUAAGUCAUGAUAUUAACCUUCACUUGUUUGUAUCUUUCACAAGUCUCCAUAACGAAAAUGAAUGUUAAGGAAAUGAAGUAUUCCCAGUGAAAUUAAAUGUUAAUUUGCACUCAGUAUUAUUCCUUAAAAUGCUAAGUAGACAUAAUAAAGUCUAGAAUUGGUGUGAUCUCCAUUGAGGCUAUCUCCUCAGUCUGCAGUUGCAAGUCUCGGAAUGAAUUCAUAAUUUUAAUUAAUGGUGGUAGUAACAGUGUAGUCCUCGCAACAAUAGUGCAAUUGCUAUAUUAUGAUUAUAAUAAAAAAUUAUAUGCAGGUUAUGCAUUGUACAAUUUUAUUUUUUAGCUAUGUUAACGACGUCAAAUGAUUUUCAUUAAUAAAUAUUACUAUUUAAACUAA